AUGUUUUUCGAGGACGAAAGGGUACAAAAGACUGGGCCGCCUAUUGUCUUUUAUGUAGGAGUGUUCACAUUUGCAUGGUUGACCAGACGAUUUAUCGAUGUUCUUGGAGCGAAAUACUUUCGCAAGUUCAAAGAUUCGGAUUUGUAUGUUUUCCUCAUGGAGUUCAUUGCAACAGCCCAAAUGUGUACAUGUGUCUAUGAGAAUGGGAUUAUCGUCAAACACUUCGGUUGGCAAGGAUUUGGAACGAUCGUCGCCAUAUUACUCUUUGCCGGAUCGUUCUUCAACCGCGGCGCUUUCGUGAACCCAUUGGUGCCCAUUGAGCUCUUCUACUAUGGAGUGAUGACAUGGCAACGCACCUUUAUUACCCUUGCCGCUCAAUGUCUCGGUGGUUGGGCUGCUUUUCGACUCGCGAUGAACCUUUGGUUUUGGAGUGCGGAUUAUUCUUUGGAUCAUGCUUUAGCCCUUGACCCAAACUGCACACUGAGAUAUAAAAUUGGCCCUGAAUUCGUCAUCCUCUGGGAAUUGGUUGGAACGUUUUUGCUUCGCACUGGGAUUGCCAUGAUGCCAUUGAAAUUAAAGACGCUUGGAGUUCCAGUUAUGGUUGCUGGAUUUUUGUCUUUCGCAAUGGUGUGGGUGGGCAUACCGGCAUUGAAUCCUUUGGUCGUUUCAUCUCGACUCUGGGGUUGCCGUGGAGUUGAUGAUCAAUGGUUCAUCCUCUACUAUUGGAUUAUCCCACUCAUCGGUUGGCUGUCAGCUUCCAAAGUCACGGGUCCAUUGAUUCGUCCAAAGUCCCAACCUCAACCAGCCAUUCAACAAUCGAAAGGAAAGAAGAAAACCCAUCAAUUCGCUUCAAAGAGUGGAAAGAGAAAGACCGAG